AUGGACUAUCUAAUUAGGGAGAGGCUUGAGAGUCCCCCGGGCUUCUGUGGGACCAUGUCUGCGUUUCGUCCCAAUCAUCCUUUUGAGACGCCGGUUGUGUUUGUGCGCUGUCCUUUUGUGAGUGUGGACGAUAAGUUCAACACCUACGUGACGCUGAAGGUGCAGAAUGUUAAAAGCACGACCAUCACCGUGCGCGGGGAGCAGCCCUGCUGGGAGCAAGAUUUCAUGUUUGAGAUCAACCGGCUGGACCUGGGUCUCAUUGUUGAGGUUUGGAACAAAGGCCUCAUCUGGGACACCAUGGUGGGCACUUCCUGGAUUCCUCUUAAAAAUGUCCGGCAGUCUGAGGAGGAGGGCUCGGGUGAGUGGAUUUUCCUGGAUGCUGAAGUCCUGAUGAAAGCAGAUGAGAUAUAUGGCACCAAGAACCCCACGCCUCAUCGACUGCUAUUGGACACUCGCUUUGAGCUUCCUUUUGAUAUCCCAGAUGAUGAGGCACAGUAUUGGACAGGCAGGCUCGAGCGUAUCAACACCAUGGGAAUCCAUGAUGAGUAUCAUCUCCAGGACGAUAACCAGAGUGGUCCACUGCCGUUUGCACCCUCCCAGUGCUCUUUGGAUGACCAGGACAGUGCUGUAGAUGAUCGGGACAGCGACUACCGCAGUGAGACCAGCAAUAGUUUACCUCCCCGCUACCACACGACGGCUCAGCCAAACUCGUCCAUGCAUCAGUACCCCAUGGGGCCUCGGCCCCAGCACCACCAAGACUGUUGCACUGAUUCCAUCAACAGCUUUGACCUGGACUAUAGAGACCAAAGGGGCAGCAGGUAG